AUGUAUCUCUCUUACUUAUCAUUUUUCAUCUUAUUUAUCGAAACAGUUGUAAAAGCUGAAUGUCCGAGAAAAAAAAUUGAAAGAUUUAGUGAUCAAAAUGAAGCAACAGAAUUCGCUAAGGCUCCCGGUUUGGUACCAUCGGAAACCCGGAUAAGCUGUAUUUAUAUGUAUAACUGUAAAUCAGAAUCGGACGAAUUUUUCAGUAAUGAUAUGCUUAUCGUACUUGAUGAAAUUACCCGACGGCUGAAACAAGAAGUACGAGUUAAUUUAAUUAUUGAAAAGAUUAAUUGUGGAGAAGAUGAACAAUUGAAAUGUUUGCAAUACUCGUUACAAGAAUCAUUCCAUUGGCUAAUUAUCAAUGAUCCAAAAAACGGAGAUAUAAUAUAUGAAAUUGCAGCAAGACUUAACCAUAAUAAAGCAAUUAUUGAAGCGUCACUUUUAAAUGUGUUUUCUCAGUACAGUACACAUGAUUUAACAGUGUACUGUAGUAAAGAAGCUGAUAAAGAAGUUGGAUUCAUACGUCGAUUAUCGGAUGAGGAAUUAGUUGAAAAACAGCAUAAAUCAAAAGUGACGAAGUUUAAAAACCCAAUUUUACGCUCACCAUUAGAACUUAAUCUUAUCGAACCACUAAUACUGGAACGACGGUCAUUUGACGAGCAGUUAAAUUGGCAUCAAUUAAAGCGUUUGAAUGAAAACGCAUUAGAUGAUGCUAUAAGUAAAGAUCGAUUAACAUUUAUUCUCUUUUGGAAUAUCGAAAAUAUCAUAAGUAAGCAUACAUUCUAUUUGUGGGCGGAAGCUUCUAAAACAUUAAUUUUGCGCCAUUCAACAGUUAUAUUUGCUGCAUUAGCAUGCCAUGAAUUUAGUGAAUUAUGUGAUGAUUAUAUUAUAAAACCUAGUGAUUAUCAUACUAUAUUUGCAUUCAAGCAAAAUAAUAUUUUUGGCAAAACUAAAGAAUUGCGUGAUGCAAACUACUACAUCGAUUGGGUUCAACUUUUGAUAUUAUCACCAGCACAAGAAAUUCAUUCGAACGAUGAACUAAAGCAAAUCAAAGCGGGUAAAUUGGAAUUGUUCGACGAAAUUAAACCUGCAAUAACAGUUGGCAUUUUUGAUGAUCGUAACGGUAAUGAAGCUAAAAUUUUUAUGCAAAUGGCAGAAAAUUUAAAAGGGAGAUAUCAUUUUGUGUAUUUAAUUAAGAAAAGUCAUUCUAAUGCUAUUUAUACUAUUCGUGCAUUAGAAAAACGGAAACGAAUUGAUUUCACAGGAAUUUAUGAAAUUCAAGAAUUGACAAAUUUUGUUGUACAAUCAUCUUUACCAACUGUGAUAGAUAUAAGUAAUGGAUUUACAUCGGAUAUUUUAACACAUCAAAUGCAGCCAUUAAUUUUAUUCAUUGAUAAUGGUAACCAAGUGGAGAAGUUCAAAUUUACAAAACUGUGCUCAAAAUCGCCGUAUAUAAUUUGUACAACAAUUAUUCUUAAUAGUUCAAAAUCAAAAAUAGUUAAUGAAAUGAUCAAUUCCCUUCAGUCCAAUGAUCAUUCCAAAAGAUUAAUCAUUUUUUUAAGGGAGAAAAUUUAUGCGUUAGACAUUAAAAAUAGUUUAGAAAGUGGAGAUUUGCUUCAGCUUAUUGCUCUUGCUACUAUUAACAAACCGAUAAGGAUAUUAGAUAUUGGGGAUGUUCAUCCACUUCGAUACAUACAAUUGGCACAAAUAAAUGAAAUCUUUGGAGAACAAAUAAUUGAAAUUCCAUUCGAAGUACAAAUUAUUCAACGAUCAUAUUUGGACAAAAAUGACAAAAUGGAUGAGAAUAGUGCUAAUUAUGGUGGUUGUCCAGUGAUGGCAAAAGUUCGACAAGCAGCAAUGAAAGAUGAACUUUGA